CAUAUCAAUAUGGCGCCCCGUGGUCGUGGAGGAAAGUUCUCUAAGCCCUCUCGAGGAGGAGGCAAGCACUUCAGCAGAGAUCUUCAGCCAUUAGACAAGGAUGGUAACCAAAUGGGUCUUUGGAGGGAGCCUGGUGAGCAAAUCAAGUCAUCCGGCGACGAAGAUUCUUCGUCCGAAGAAGAAAGCUCCGAGGAAUCCAGCGAGGACGAGUCCAAACCCAUCGAGUCAUCUACAGCUGAAGGAACCCGCGAGGAGCGUCGCGCCGCUGCUAAAGCCAAGAAGGCAGCCGCAUUGAAGAAGCGAGGCCAAGGACCCGCCCAACCGGGUGAUUUACCCCCUUCAGACUCGGAAGAAUCCGACAACGAGCUCCCCGCCAACCCCAACCACACUGCCAAGUCCCGUUCGCAGACCCUGAAGCCCGUUGAAACCGAACCCACUGCUGAACCCAAGAAGCCCGCCAAGGUCAAGGAUAUCUCGCAGUUGUCCCGACGCGAGCGUGAGGCCGUCCAGGCCCAACAAGCCCGUGAGCGUUACCAAAAGCUGCAUGCCGAGGGCAAGACCGAUGAGGCGAAGUCGGAUCUGGCUCGUCUCGCCGUGAUCCGCGAGCAGCGUGAGGCGGAGCGCCAGCGCAAGUUGGCCGAGAAGGAGGAGAAGGAUGAGCAAGCCAAGGAGCGUGCUGAUGCGGCCCAGGAGCGAGAGGAUCGAAUGCGCGCUGCAGCUUCGGGAAAGACUUCUAAGAAAGUUGGUGGCAAGAAAAAAUAA